CGCUAUAAAACCAACUCUUGCAACCUCGAAACAACAUGUCCGAAGAACCGCUUUUCGAUCCCUCUCUCAAAAAACGCAAAAAGAAAACAGUAGCGUUCACCGAAGAUCCAUUGGGCGCAGACGCAGACCCCACAGCGCCCCCUCCAGAUUCUAUCGAUGGAACGACUAUCAACGGUGAUCCCGUCGAUUUGGGCCCGACGACGGCUCAUGAGCGGAUGAAAGAGGAGAAGGAGAAGCCCGCAGACGAUGAUUUCAAAACUAUGUUUGGGGAUAUCAAGAAGAAGAAAAAGAAGAAGGAGAUUCCUAUGGAUUUCGGAGACGACUCGGGAACAUCCACACCCGCUGCUACCACCGAACCCACACCAUCAGCAGCAGCAACAGCUACAAUCACACCCGACGACCUCGACUUUUCCGACCUCAAAAAGAAAAAGAAAUCCACCAAGAAAAAAGCCGCGUUCGACUUGGAAGCGUUCGAGAAGGAGCUUAAUGACUCUAAAGCCAAAUCCACCACGGCAGAGGAAGACGACGAAGACGGCCCAGAGCCAGAUACUACGCACCUCGACCACAUCGACGAGGCGGAGCUGGGGGACGAUCCGUUCGCUCAGCAAGGGGGGGACGCACCC